AUGUUCAAGGCUCAGGGGGAUUGUCGCUGGAAGGUCACGGACACCGACACAAGAGCAGAGGUGGUCACGUGGUCGCGUAGAGAGAGUGUCCUUCCUUCCUCUCAUCACCUGCACUCUGCGGCGUCCUGUGAAUACACUAAUGUCAUCACCGCGCUCCCAGGGGCCACACCUGCUCCUCCAGCACACGGCCCUCAUCUAAUCAUCAGCAGCAGCACUGGUGGAUCUGCAGCUGGAGCACUGUGA